AUGGGUCAGAAGGAGCCUCAGUCCGACGUGGUCGACCAUGACCUCCCGGAGGAUCAUGUCCCCCAAGGUUCAACCCUACCCUUCUGGAAGCAAACCGAGCUUCGGAAACUCUACGGCAUGAUGUUCUUCCUCUUCUUGGGUUCUACAACCCUGGGAUACGAUGGAAGUUUACUUAACGGACUUCAGACAAUGGAUACUUGGCAGAAUUUCUUUGAUCAUCCCACCGGUAGCCGACUCGGUAUCUUUGGCGCCAUGCCUGGCUUCGGUGGUCUCUUCGUCCUCAUAUUCGCUCCUUACAUCGCAGACGGACUCGGCAGAAAGAAGGGUACAGCAAUCGGUUGCGUCUUUGUCGUUGCUGGUGCUCUGAUGCAGUGCUUUCCCCAGAAGAACCACAGCUCCCGAGACGUUUUAUAUCUGAUUGGCCGCUUUGUCAUGGGUUUUGGAUCCAACAUUUCCAAUGGAACUUGCCCGUUGUUGAUCACCGAAGUUGCACACCCCAGGCAUCGCGGACGCGUCACGACUAUUUACAACACGCUCUGGUACCUUGGAAGCAUUGUAGCCGCAUGGACUUGUUUCGGAACUCUCAAAAACCAGACUGGUAACCUCCAAUGGGUUCUCCCUACCGGUCUCCAGUGCCUGAUGCCCGGGAUCCAACUCCUAUCCAUCUGGUUCGUCCCUGAGAGCCCCCGAUGGCUUAUCAGCAAGGGAAGAGAAGAAGAAGCUCGUCAGGUUCUUAUCAAGUACCACGGAAACAACGACCCAGACGAUGAGUUUGUGCGGUGGGAGUAUACCGAGAUUCUUAACACCCUCAGGCUUGAGCGCGAGGCAUCUGGCAACGGAUGGUCUGAGCUGUGGCGAACAAAGGGUAACCGAAAGAGGUGUGCCCUGAUCAUUGCUACUGCCAUCUUUUCUCAGUGCAGUGGAAAUGGACUGGUGUCAUACUAUCUUGCUGCCAUUCUUGAAACCAUUGGCAUUACCGAUUCAACCACUCAAUCCUUGAUCAACGGCGGCCUCACAAUCUGGUGCUGGCUCGUCUCCCUCUUCGCCGCCUUCUUCGUCGACCGAAUCGGACGCCGCUUCCUCUUCCUCUUUGCAGGAGUAGGCAUGCUCAUAUCCUUCAGCGUCUGGACAGCUUGCAGCGCCGUAUACGCAAAGACCGAGUCUGCUUCUGCAGGUAUUGCUGUUGUGGCCAUGAUCUUCCUCUUCUACGGUGUUGCGGGAGCUGCUUGGCCCGGCUUGACUGUUUCUUAUACCGUUGAGAUUCUGCCGUAUAGCAUCAGAGCCAAGGGAUUGACUCUUUGCUUCUGCUUCACUGCUCUGAGCGGUGUGUUUAACCAAUGGGUGAACCCUCUUGGUCUUCAGCAGCUCGAGUGGCGCUUCUAUUUUGUUUACAUCGCUGUCUUGGUAAUUGAGUGUCUGACCAUCUACUUCUUCUUCGUCGAGACCAAGGGACCUACUCUGGAGGAGAUUGCCGUUCUGUUCGACGGUGACGAUUCGGCCGCAGGUAUUGCAAAGCUUCAGGCGCAGGAAAAGUCGGUUCCCCUUACCAAGGAAGUUGAGCAUGCGUGA